CAGCUGUUGGGUAUGUCCCUCUAUCUGUUCCAUUUCGUAUAAGAGAAAGCAGAGCGUAUCAAAGUUGAAAAGAGAAUUUGCAGAGCGCUCAGAUUUAGCCUUACUUGUUUUAGAGUACCCACAGAAGCAACUCCAAAGAGAGAAAUCAAACGUAAAACAAAGACCGAGUGAGUGUGAGAGAAUGCCCGGGAGUUUAGAGCCGUUGGAUUUGGGGGUUCAGAUACCAUAUCAUUUCAGGUGUCCGAUCUCCCUCGAGCUGAUGCGAGACCCGGUGACCGUCAGCACCGGUCAGACCUACGACCGACCAAGCAUCGAGUCCUGGGUCGCCACCGGCAACACCACGUGCCCGGUCACCAGGGCCCCACUCACCGACUUCACGCUCAUCCCGAACCACACCCUCCGCCGCCUCAUCCAGGACUGGUGCGUCGCCAACCGCUCUUUCGGCAUCGAGCGAAUCCCGACUCCGAAACAACCCGCCGACCCGGGCCUAGUCCGCUCGCUGCUCAGCCAAGCCUCCGCCGAGACCAGCCUGGUUCAUUCCCGCCUCUCCGCGCUGCGGCGACUCAGAGGACUCGCACGCGACUCCGACAAAAACCGGUCCGUCAUUGCCUCGCACAACGCGCGCCAAAUCCUUACCGACAUCUUCUUUUCCGGUACCAGUGCUGGCAACUGCUCAGAGUCGUCCGGUUCCGAGUUGAACCACGAGUCGCUCGCGCUUUUGGUAAUGUUCCCGCUCGCCGAGCCGGAGUGCGCGUCGGUGGCGUCAGACCCGGAUCGGGUCGCGUACUUAACUCGCCUCCUCUUCCAUUCCUCGAUUGAGGUCAGAGUCAACUCGGCCGCGCUCAUCGAAAUCGUCGUGGCCGGAACUCGGUCGCCUGAGCUCCGAGCUCAGGUGAGCAAUGUGGAAGAAAUCUUCGAAGGCGUUAUCGAGAUCAUGAAGAAUCCGAUUGCUUCGUAUCCGCGAGCGCUAAAGGUCGGCGUGAAGGCCUUGUUCGCUUUGUGUCUGGUGAAGCAAACCAGGCACAAGGCGGUCCAGGCCGGAGCGCCCGAGACGCUCAUCGACCGGUUGGCUGAUUUCGAGAAGUGCGACGCGGAGCGAGCCCUCGCCACAGUCGAGCUCCUCUGCCGGAUUCCGGCGGGGUGCUCGGCGUUCGCUUCGCACGCGCUCACCGUUCCUCUGCUCGUGAAGAUAAUUCUCAAGAUCUCGGACCGCGCGACGGAGUACGCCGCCGGCGCCCUCGUCUCUCUCUGCUCGGCGUCGGAGCAGAGCAAGACGGACGCCGUUGCCGCCGGCGUGCUGACUCAGCUGCUCUUGCUGGUUCAGAGCGAUUGUACGGACCGGGCCAAGAGGAAGGCCCAGCUUUUGCUGAAGCUUCUUCGGGAUUCGUGGCCCGAAUAUUCCUUCGGAAACUCUGACGAUUUUGCUUGCAGUGAGGUUGUGAUUCCUUCUUAUUGAUGACAUGGUGAUGGUGCUGAUGAUGUUCGUGAUUCGUAAAUCCAAUCUCAAUUUUUGAUUUUUGGUAUAAAAAUUUGGAAAAAAAAAAAAAAACAAAUGAAAAUUGAGGUUCUAGAUUGGUGUAUAGAGAAUUGUAUGUAAUUCUGUGUAUGUAAGAAUUUUUGUGGAAAAACUUAUUGAAAUGCAAAUGAAAAAGAUAGAUCUGUUCUUUGUUUUCUUCA